CGGCCGGCGGCGCGGUCGGCGGGCAGCCUAGGAAGCGAAGCGGGCCGGGCCGGGCCGAGCCGGGCGAUGCGGCGGUGAGGGCGGCGGGGCCGGGCGUCCGCCGCGAUGCUCCGCCGCAGCCUCAGCCGCCUGUGUGCCGGGGAAGAGAAGCGGGUCGGUACGCGCACCGUGGUGGUUGGGCACCGUCCGGUUUUGGAAACAGAUGCGUACGUGGCACAGAAGUUCUGCGACAACAGGAUCGUCUCCUCCAAGUACACCCUCUGGAACUUCCUCCCGAAGAACCUUUUUGAGCAGUUUAGAAGAAUUGCCAACUUCUACUUCCUCAUCAUCUUCCUUGUGCAGGUGAUAGUGGACACCCCAACCAGCCCGGUGACCAGCGGCCUCCCACUCUUCUUUGUCAUCACUGUCACCGCUAUCAAACAGGGAUACGAGGACUGGCUGAGGCACAGAGCUGACAACGAAGUGAACAAAAGCAACGUCUUCAUUGUCGAAAAUGCAAAGCAAGUGCAGAAAGAGAGUGAAAAAAUCAAGGUUGGAGACAUAGUAGAAGUGAAAGCAGAUGAGACCUUCCCCUGUGACUUGAUAUUUUUGGCCUCGAGCAGCAUUGAUGGGACCUGUUAUGUCACUACCGCGAGUCUUGAUGGCGAGUCCAAUUUCAAGACUCACUACGCGGUGCGGGAUACCACCGUGCUCUGUACGGACGAAGCCAUCGAUGCCCUCACCGCCACCAUCGAGUGCGAACAGCCGCAGCCCGACCUCUACAAAUUUGUUGGAAGAAUUAUCAUCUACAGAAGCAAUCAAGAGCCUGUAGCCAGGUCUUUGGGUCCUGAAAACCUGUUGCUGAAAGGUGCUACCCUCAAAAACACCAAGAAGAUUUAUGGAGUUGCAGUCUAUACUGGAAUGGAAACGAAAAUGGCUUUGAACUACCAAGGGAAAUCUCAGAAACGGUCUGCUGUAGAAAAAUCUAUCAACGCUUUCUUGAUAGUGUAUUUGUGCAUACUAUUGAGCAAGGCUACGGUGUGCACGACUCUGAAAUAUGUGUGGCAGAGUAAUCCAUUUAAUGAUGAGCCUUGGUACAAUGAAAAGACUAAAAAAGAGAGAGAGACGUUCAAGGUUUUGCGGAUGUUCACAGACUUCUUGUCAUUUAUGGUCCUCUUCAACUUUAUUAUCCCGGUCUCCAUGUACGUUACAGUAGAGAUGCAGAAGUUCUUGGGUUCCUUUUUCAUCUCUUGGGACAAGGAGAUGUACGAUGAAGAAAUAAAAGAAGGAGCGUUGGUGAACACCUCAGACCUGAACGAAGAGCUCGGGCAGGUGGAAUACGUCUUCACGGACAAAACCGGGACCCUGACGGAGAACAGCAUGGAGUUCAUUGAGUGCUGCAUAGAUGGGCACAAGUACAAAGACUGCAUUUCAGAGGUGGAUGGCUUCUCUCAGACCGACGGACCCCUAAAAUAUUACGGCAAAGCAGAAAAGAGCCGUGAGGAGCUGUUCCUGCGAGCCCUCUGCCUGUGCCACACCGUUCAGAUCAAGGAAGCAGACCAGGUGGAUGGGCUGAUAGGACAUCCAGAACGCAAAUACACAUAUAUCUCCUCUUCCCCAGACGAAAUUGCUUUGGUGAAAGGCGCAGAAAAGUAUGGUUUCACUUUUCUAGGACUUGAAAACGAUUUCAUGAAAAUACGAAACCAAAAGAAUGAAACUGAAAUGUACCAACUUCUCCAUGUGUUGAACUUUGAUCCUGUCCGUCGCCGUAUGAGUGUCAUUGUGAGAACCACCACGGGAAAGUUGCUUCUCUUCUGUAAAGGAGCAGACUCCUCUAUUUUUCCAAGGGUGCAGCAAGAGGAAAUCCAACAAACAAAAGUCCACGUGGACCGCAAUGCUAUGGAUGGCUACCGAACGCUCUGUGUGGCAUUCAAAGAACUAACUCAAAAGGAGUACGACAAAAUUGACAGACAAGUUAAUGAAGCUAAGAUGGCUUUGCAGGACAGGGAGGAGAAGAUGGCGAAGGUUUUUGAAGACACAGAAGCAGACAUGCACCUGAUUGGAGCUACUGCUGUAGAAGACAGGCUGCAGGAGCAGUCGGCAGAGACGAUCGAAGCUCUGCAUGCAGCUGGCAUGAAGGUUUGGGUGCUGACGGGAGACAAGAUGGAAACUGCUAAAUCCACCUGCUACGCCUGCAGACUCUUCCAGACCAGCACCGAGCUGCUGGAGCUGACGGCAAAAACGGUGGGCGAGAGCGAAAGAAAGGAGGAUCGGCUCCAUGAGCUGCUGAUGGAGUACCAUAAAAAGCUGAUUCAGGAUGUUCCCAAAAACCGGGGAGGCCUGAAGAGAAGCUGGACGUUGAGCCAAGAAUAUGGCCUGAUUAUAGAUGGCUCGACACUGUCGCUGAUACUCAACCCUUCUCAGGACUCCAGUUCUAGUAAUUACAAAAACAUCUUUCUACAAAUCUGCCUGAAGUGUACUGCAGUCCUCUGCUGCCGGAUGGCUCCUUUGCAGAAAGCACAGAUUGUGCGAAUGGUGAAGAACACAAAAGGAAGCCCGAUAACACUCUCCAUAGGGGAUGGCGCAAAUGAUGUUAGUAUGAUUUUAGAAGCACAUGUUGGAAUAGGUAUAAAAGGCAAAGAAGGACGGCAGGCUUCCAGAAACAGCGACUAUGCUGUGCCAAAGUUUAAACAUUUAAGAAAAUUGCUACUAGCACAUGGGCAUUUAUAUUAUGUGAGAAUAGCACACCUUGUACAGUAUUUCUUCUAUAAGAACCUUUGCUUCAUUUUACCACAGUUUUUAUACCAGUUCUUCUGUGGAUUCUCACAGCAGCCACUGUACGAUGCUGCUUAUCUUACCAUGUACAACAUCUGCUUCACAUCACUACCUAUCUUGGCGUACAGCCUCCUGGAGCAGCAUAUCAACAUCGACACGCUGACCUCAGAUCCUCAGCUGUAUAUGAAGGUUUCAGAUAAUGCAAUGCUGCAGUGGAGACCGUUCCUGUACUGGACCUUUCUGGGCGCCUUUGAAGGACUCGUGUUUUUCUUUGGGGUUUAUUUUCUUUUUCAAAAUUCAUCAUUGGAAGAUAACGGAAAGGUUUUUGGGAAUUGGACCUUUGGGACGAUUGUUUUCACCGUGCUGGUGUUCACCGUCACCCUGAAGCUAGCAUUAGAUACCCGAUUCUGGACGUGGAUGAACCACUUUGUGAUUUGGGGCUCCCUUGCCUUCUACGUGUUUUUCUCGUUCUUUUGGGGAGGAGUCAUUUGGCCUUUCCUGAAGCAGCAAAGAAUGUAUUUUGUAUUUGCCCAUAUGCUGACUUCUGUUUCCACGUGGCUGGCAAUAAUCCUCCUGAUCUUUAUCAGCCUUUUCCCAGAAAUUCUUCUAAUAGUUUUAAAAAAUAUAAAAGAGAAAAAUCAUCAGGAACAUCCACUAUCUUCAUGCUUUCUCAAACUUCCAGCAAUCACAGCUUUUCUUGGAGUGAAUAAGACUGACCCCUUUGAUCUGCCUAUGUUAGUCUCAUACAAACGUAUAGAGAAUGGUUAUGUGAAGACUGAAGAUGCUGUUACUAAUCUGGCAGAAACAUAUCCUCUCAGGAUACUUUAAAGUGCUCCAUACAAACACUGCGUAUUGUCACGCUGUAGGAAAAAACCAUGGUUUUAACCUAACAGUUCUUUUUAAUAUUGCCAAGUACAGUAAGCAGCCAUGCUGAUAAAGCAGUAGCCAGGGCACUGGCCCCACGGUACCUGUUUGUCUCUGGGCUUGUGGCUUCCCCACCCCUCCCCCAAAAAAUUCUGCAGAAUUCGACAUUGAUGGAGGCUAAGAAAGCAUCUUUAGGAAUUCAUCCCAAACAGCAUGAAUUGAAGUGCAAGAGAGCAAUGCCAGCCCCAUUUCACACGGGGGCUUCCUCUGCCCGCUGCAGAUCUGUCCGAGAGCAGCAGAGAGCUGCUGAAGUCUCUUGCUCUGCCUGACCAAAGAAGUAGCACAGACUUUAAACCCCAAACCAGCCCCUUCCAGCUCCCCAAAGGUACUGGGGAAAGAAAGCCUGCUCCUCUCAACGCAGAAGCUGGAUGCAGCCCUGCGAGCAUCUCUGGUGGUGCUGGGGCUGCGACCCCUCGGCGGGGGGCUGCCCCCUCCCAGCGUUGGGUUGCCAGACGCGUGCGGCAGAAAUACUUGAAAACUCGGGAGAAAUCUUCGCCGACGGUGCAAAGCCUUCAGUCGCGUGUCCCUCCUCUGGGUACGGCUGGAAGCGGUCUGCGCUCCCUCCGCGGCCGUGGAUUCCGUGCGGAGACCCGCGGUGCUGGGAAGCGCCUGAGCAUCCUCCCGCAGCCGGUUUGCUGGUGGGUUUAUUCCUGAUGGAGCGUGAAGAGAAGGUCAUUUCCCUCGUAUUGUGGCUGUUGGCGAUGGAAGGAAGCUUUUGUGGGGGAGGAAAGAAUCUCAAAAGUUGGGCUGUGCCAGACUUUCAGCCGUUUUGCCCGGGUUCCUGUGGUUGUGCUUACAUUACUGCACUGUGCAGUUGCUUCAACACUUUAAAGGCCUGAGUGACGGUGUGGUCCUUGGAUGAUCCCAGGGACACGGGCUGUGCCUGUAAACUUGCAGGCAUAUAAAACUGCAUCUUGAGUUAUUUGCACUAAGAAAAAAGAAGCCGGUUUAAAAAUAAAAGGAAAACAUGAACCUGAUUUCAUUUUACACUUUAUUUGGUUUUUAAAUUGGCAUGUUCUUUUUAAAUCUACCUGUACCAUGGUCGUGGGAACUUUUCUCUUUAGGUUGCACACAGCAGAGGUAAGAUGCCUGACUCUCGGUAUUUUUUAAUUUUUUCUCUGAUACUUCAUAUGUGGAAAAAGCAGCUUUUUUUUUUUUUUUGCGUUAAGUCAUAAGCAGUGACAGAACACCCUGUGUGCCACCGCUGUGUCGUGUGAAGGUCCCCCCUCCUGCUGACUGCCCCUGGCCCCGGUGCUCUGCAGAGCGGUGCAGAGGAACUACUGUGAGAAGCAUUUAAGUCUCAUUUCAGAAGUAACGAGCUCUACGCUGCGGCUGGGUUUGGCUCCCGCUUGCUCAGGCUUUGUGUCAUUUACAGGCAAAGAAACAACAACUUGGGACUAGAUGGAACAUUCCCUUCAUCAAAUUUUGCUAACGGUGGACUUAAUUUUCAGAAGAAUCGAAUCUCGCUCUCUGGCUGCCACCCCUGAGGUCUGUCUUCGACUCCGGUGGAAGCAGGACGCGGAUCAGCUGCAGGCAAAUUCCAGCGUGCAUCAUUAAGGACUUUGCGAUGGGCCUUACCCAAGUGGGAGAGGGGUGUGUGCAGUCCCUAUGCCUGGUGGCUGCUCUUAUAUCACCCAGCAUGGGAGGGGACGUAUGGGCAGGACCACUGUAUUAUAUACGCUGCACUGGCCUCAACGCAAGUGGUGUGUGUUAGCACCGUGUUAGCAACCGCGGCUCGACUCCUUGCUGCAUGCAAGUAAGGAGCUGCACUUCCAGCAUGUGUCCCAUGGGCAAAGCUUUUUUUUUUUUUCUUCUUCUUCUUUUUUUCCCUUUUCCUAGUUCAUUUCAUGGACCUAGAAUUCAACUUGCAGACCUUGUCCCAUUCUCAACUUUUCUUGCUAAAAUGUGGUGCCUACAGAUCAAGUAUGCGAUGAAUACAAUGAAGAUAUGCUCUAUAUGCCAAAUCUAACCUUUCUCCUUAAAUAUACAGUUGCUGACUUGUGUUUACAUAACCUUUAAAAUGCGGGCGCUGAAAUGCCUAAUUCCUGUGAUUCAAAACCAUUCCGAGCCCAAAUGGUCCCAAGCCUGACACCUUGCUUCUCGGUUUGUUUUGUGUCCUACUCUCCUCUUAUAAGGGGUCAAAGUCUGUUCCCAUGAAAUUCAGCUGGAGGUUUUGCUGGUGACGUCAGUGGGAACAGAGCAAAGCUUGCCACGUGUGUGUGAACUGUCGGAAUAAAGCCACUUAAACGGGCUAAUUUCUGCAGUCUGUUUUAAGACGGAGCCUUCUAAGAACCAAUCUUUCUCUUCCCGUUUCCAAGUGUCCUGUCUCAGGAUGGAGCAAGCCAUUGCAAUAGCUGUACAUUCAAACCCAAGGCACGCAUGCUGAAAAGCGGGUUGGAAUUAACAUGACGUGUCUUGAAUAGCGGCUCUUUGGGGAAAAUGCGGGUUUUCUUGAGCUUGGAUCUUCAGCUAGUGCACUGGUGUAGUGCUGGGGAUGCCAGGACAGCCGGGCUGCCCUGGACCUGCAGAAGAGCUGAUCCACAUCGUUCAGCAAUGCCAGAAGUGAAAUUCCUAUUGCUGUGGAUGAGUGGUGAAAUCAGGGGAAACAGGAGACCCCUUCUGGGGUUAGAGAAGGGAAGAAAAAGCGGUGAUAGUAACUGUAAGGUAUAAGCCAGCAGGAUGCUGAAGUGGCAGUAAUCCGACAGUGAUGCUGUGAUUGUUGUUUAUGUACCAUAAUACACGCUGCACUGUUACAGUGCUCGUUAGUGAGCUAAAAGGUCAGUACAGGCUUAUCGGUGGAAAAACUUGAAGGAAAAAAGGCUGGGUUUUUUCAUAAUAAUUCGUUGAAGUUUAAUCACUGGCUAGUGACACUGAAAGAUAAGAAAAGUAAUUAAGAUUCCCUCUAAAACUGUUAUGCGAUAAUGGAGGAACUUGGUGUAGUCAUAGCUACUUUUCAAAAACUAAUCCUAAUCAUUAUGAGAAUAUUCUAAAUGACUUGGAAUUGCAUAAAAGCUUAAAAUUGAAUUUGUAUACACACAGUUGAAAAACUUACCUAGUACUGCACCAUUUAUCCAAUUUCCCAGCUACGGAUUUUUUUUAAAAAACAUGUAGUAUAUAGAAAGUGUAAAUUAUAUACAGGCAAUGAGAAGAUACAUUUUCAGCUUCUUGUAAAAAAAAAAAAAAAAAAAAAGGACUGCAACCUUACAUUUUUUUCACUUAAAUGCAAUUUUAUACAUUUAUGUUGCUUUAUAUAAAAGAAAUUGAAUGUGAAUGUUACCUUUUAUGAAUGCAACUUGCUCUUUUUUCAUUACAGAAACUUUUGUUUGAAGUAAUCAAUAAACUUUGGUAUGUUGUUCUGA